AUGUCAUUUCGUAAGUUGGCGGAAAAGGCAGCGGCCAUUGACGCUUUUCCCAAGGUGGAAGAUGACAACCAACAGCGUAGCGAGAAGGGUGGUCUUUUAACUGUGCUAGUCGCGCUGUGCUUGUUCUUGCUGACCAUGAGCGAGUUCUCAGAUUAUCGCAAAAUACAGACAAAUUACAAGUUCUUGGUGGACUCUACUAUUGAUACCAAAAUGCAAAUCAACAUUGAUACAACGAUUGCCAUGCCAUGUCCCUCGCUGAUGGUACAUGUUGUGGAUGCUACUGGCCAACGUACAAGGCUUACUGACGAUCUCAAGCUAAUUCCUGCUGAAUUUUCAGCUCGCACUGCUACAAAAUACAGACAAGUAGACGAUCCUAAAUACAUUCACGAGAUCAUACAGGCUGCCAGUGGAAAGCAAUACAAUCAUGAGAUUGCCAACGAUAUGGGCGCAUGUAGACUGUAUGGCUCACUCAAUGUCAACAAAGUUGCCUCCAAUCUUCACAUUACAUCUGAUGGCCAUGGCUAUGCCAGCAGCCAGCACACCAGCCAUGACUUGCUCAACUUCACGCAUCGCAUCGAUGAAUUCUCGUUUGGCCAACUGUACCCCAACCUCAUCAAUCCCCUGGACAACAGCAUUGAGAUCUCUGAAACCCACUUUGAGAUUUUCCAGUACGCAAUAUCCGUUGUGCCCACCACCUAUGUCGAUCGCAGGAACAACAUUUUACUCACAAACCAAUACGCCGUUACUGACUCACACAAGAGAUUCAAGGAGGGCCACACAAUUCCUGGUAUUUUUUUCAAAUACGACAUCGAGCCUAUUUCGGUGCAGAUCAGCGAAACUCGUCAACAAUCAUUUUUGCAUUUCCUAGUUAGAUUGUGUGGCAUCAUUGGCGGUUCUGCGGUUACUGUGGGCGCCGUCUACAGACUGAUCAACUUUGCAAUGACAGGCGGUAGAGAAGACCCCAAACUAUACACUGCGACACACAACAUGAUGCGAGGCGUCUAG